AUGAGUUUCCCUGAGGACAAGUUGAGCAGCCUUUGCCAGGAAGCGCUGCACAUCGUCGCGGAGCUCUGCUUCGCGGGACUGGUGGAGUGGGAGAAAUGCUCUGGCAUCUUCCCCCCAGAUAAAGCCAACCGGGGUGGAGACAACACAGAUAUCUCUAUCAGUCUUUUAGCUGUAAUAGUUACCUUUUGUGGCCUGGCCUUGCUGGUAGUCUCAUUCUUUGUCUUCUGGAAGCUUUGCUGGCCAUCUUUGAGAAGCAAACUCCUUACUUCCAAUAUCAGUACCCUGCCACAGAGCAUCUCCAGUGCUCCAGUCUUGGAGAUUAAUGAAAAAGAAGAGAAAAAUGAAAACGAGAAGGUGUCCCCAAAAAUUGAAUCUGCAAUGAAAAUUAGCCACACUUCUCCAGAUAUACCUACUGAGGUACAGAAUGCUUUGAAAGAACAUCUCAUUAAACAUGGACCUGUCCAGAGGCAGACAACUGAGCCCACAUCUUCAUCCCGGCAUAAUUCCUUCAGGAGACAUCUACCAAGGCAAAUACAAGUGUCCAGUGUUGAUUUUUCUGUGGGCACAGAACCAGUUUCAUGGAGGGGAGAGACAACCACCAGCAUUGGGAGAAUAAAACCUGAGCUCUAUAAACAGAAAUCAGUUGACUCUGAGGGCAGCAGGAAAGAAGAUGUCAAAACUUGUGGGAAACUUAACUUUACUCUCCAAUAUGAUUAUGAAAAUGAACUACUCAUUGUUAAUAUUAUCAAAGCCUUAGAUUUACCUGCAAAAGACUUCACAGGAACAUCUGAUCCUUAUGUGAAAAUAUAUCUUCUUCCAGAUAGGAAAAAGAAGUUUCAGACCCGGGUACACAGAAAGACUUUAAAUCCCCUAUUUGAAGAAACCUUUCAGUUUCCUGUAGCCUAUGAUGAAUUGAGCAACAGAAAAUUACACUUAAGUAUAUAUGAUUUUGAUAGAUUCUCUAGACAUGACAUGAUUGGAGAAGUGAUUCUGGAUAAUUUUUUUGAAGUUUCUGAUCUUUCCAGAGAAGCUUCAGUGUGGAAAGAUAUCCAUUGUGCCACUACCGAAAGUAUAGAUCUGGGUGAAAUUAUGUUUUCCCUUUGUUAUUUACCUACGGCUGGGCGUAUGACAUUAAUAGUCAUCAAGUGCAGAAAUCUCAAGGCAAUGGAUAUCAUGGGAUCAUCAGAUCCAUAUGUAAAAGUGUCAUUAAUGUGUGAGGGUCGAAGAUUAAAAAAAAGAAAAACAACUACUAAAAAAAAUACUUUAAAUCCAGUUUAUAAUGAGGCCAUAAUUUUUGAUAUUCCUCCUGAAAAUGUGGACCAGGUCAGCCUUUUGAUUGCUGUCAUGGAUUAUGAUAGGGUAGGACACAAUGAGGUAAUAGGAGUAUGUAGGACAGGACUGGAUGCUGAAGGUCUUGGACGAGAUCAUUGGAAUGAAAUGCUAGCCUAUCACAGAAAACCAAUAACUCAUUGGCAUCCAUUGCUAGAAUUACCUGGACGAGCAACUAGUUUUGAUAGUCAAGGGUCCUGUUCAUCUCCCAAAAAAUCACCUUAG